UUAAAGAAGUACUUCCGGUUGGUUCCCGUUGGUGCUCGCGCUAAGGCAGAGAAAAUGAACGCGCCUCCCGCUUUCGAGUCGUUUCUUUUGUUUGAAGGAGAGAAAAAGAUCACCAUCACCAAAGAUACGAAAGUCCCAAACGCCUGUUUGUUCACCCUGAACAAGGAGGACCACACGCUGGGAAACAUCAUCAGAGCUCAGCUGUUGAAGGAUCCUCAGGUUCUGUUUGCUGGUUAUAAAGUUCCUCAUCCUCUGGAACAUAAGAUUGUCAUCAGAGUGCAGACCACACCAGACUACAGUCCACAGGAAGCAUUUACGAAUGCCAUCACUGACCUCAUCAGCGAGCUCUCUCUGCUAGAGGAACGCUUCAGAGUCGCCAUCAAGGACAAACAGGAAGGGAUCGAGUGAUGCCUCGCCCCCUGAUGAUGUCACUUCCUGUUUGUGGAUCAGAUCGUCCUCACGCUUCUUGUGUUUAAUUAUUGAUUUAUUUUUCUUAAAUAAAGUGUGUGAUGUCACAACCUG